CUCCGGUUUCAGUGCGCGCCGGGAGGGAGCCGAAUACAGGGGAGCCGAUCUGCUGGGCGCCAGUGAAGUCCUGGGCCAAUGCGCAGGAGGGUGGCAGCUGUGGUAAACCAGCUCUCCCUCUGCCUCUCCCCUGAAAUCGGGGAGAAUCCCAGUGGCGACUGGAGGAGGAGGAGGCCCAGACCGUGAAUCCCACGAAGUAAAAGCUCAGCAAGUCUGCAAUAAAAAUGGCCACCAAUAAAACUACAUUGCAGAAAAUGGGGAAGAAGCAGAAUGGAAAAGGCAAAAAAGUGGAAGAAGCAGAACCUGAAGAAUUUGUUGUGGAAAAAGUCUUGGACCGGCGCGUAGUUAAUGGCAAGGUUGAGUACUUCUUGAAAUGGAAGGGAUUUACUGAUGCUGAUAACACGUGGGAGCCUGAAGAAAAUUUGGACUGUCCAGAAUUAAUAGAAGCUUUUUUGAACUCACAGAAAGCUGGUAAAGAAAAAACAGAAGGUGGCAAAAGAAAAUCUCUUUCAGAUAGUGAGUCUGAUGAAAGCAAAUCAAAGAAAAAAAGGGAUUCUGUUGAUAAGCCUAGGGGAUUUGCAAGAGGUCUUGAUCCUGAGCGAAUAAUUGGAGCCACAGACAGUAGUGGAGAACUUAUGUUUCUUAUGAAAUGGAAAAACUCUGAUGAAGCAGACCUGGUGCUGGCAAAAGAAGCCAAUGUGAAAUGCCCUCAGAUCGUAAUUGCUUUUUAUGAAGAACGGCUAACUUGGCAUUCAUGCCCAGAAGAUGAAGCACAAUAAUUGUUUGGGUUGUCCCCCUUGCUCCCUCUUUUAUAUAUAUAUAUAGAUAGAUAGGUAUAUAUAUAUAUUUGCUUUUGACUUAUCAGAAAUGUUGAAAGCUUCUAAGUCUAAUGAAACAAGUUUGAUUAUUUUUGAAAUGUGUUUUGCAUAAACAGAAAUGUUACAAGUUCUGUGCUAUUUGUUUUGCUUAUUACAGGAAAGUGUUUGAUACUGCUUCCUGCAUAUUAAAUUGUUUUAUAAAACUUGAUAGUUAAUAGUGAAUAUUAAUGGCAAUUUGUUCAAAUGCAAGUGUUUUUGUAGCCUUCUAUACAGCAGAUAAGCAUGCAUUUCCCCCCUCUUAAAUCUUUAAGAUACCUUUUAGUAACCGGGUUCUUGGUCAUGAGGGGACAAGGUUAAAAACUUUGUAGUAAGUUGAAAGUGCACUGUGUAUUAUUUACUUUAUUGUAAAUACUUCUGAGCUAACAAUACAAUACUUUUAUAUUCUU